UUCUCUCUGACUUUGGUUAGAGUUACGGAACCGGGACUAAGUCCGACUGAAUCCGACCGGUGUCGGUGGAAAUGUAAUAUUUGAAAGUUCAGAAUUAGAAAAAACGCGAAUAGUUUCAACUUGCUGCAACUUGCAAUGAUGUAUGGUUCUUUACGCAAAGUAAACGAUAGUAAAUGAUAUAACGUAUGCAAGUGUGUAUAUUUGUCGCGAAACUCUACCGAGUUUCCUGAUAUAUCUAUAAUAUAAUAUAGGAUGUGUAACAAGUUUAGAUGUGCUGAAUUGUUCGAGAGAAAUGUAAUAUCAAUCAUUUUAAUUUUUAUAAUUCAUAAUAUGUGUAUGUUUCUUCAUCAUAUAUGUUUUGAAACCAAGUUCAACAGUGUGUUGAAUUAGUGAUCUCAUCACUGCAAUAUUCCAAGGUCUUUAAGACUUCUUUUUCAUGUACAUACUAUAAAAUAUUUGUAUGACAACUUAAUAAUAAUAUAUAAAACGCGAGGUUAGGUAAAAUCAGGUAAUACUUAAAAAUGUAUGCCAAAAUUAGAGGUUUGUCAAGCAAGAAAGACAGCAAAGAGUUGAAAAAUUUUGUUGAAAAUGCUAAUAUCGAUGAACUGAGUGAUACGAUUACGGCAAGAAUUUGUAAUCCAGAGAUUCCAAAGGUAUUCGGUGAUAUUUUACAGAGCUUCACAGAGUCAGAGACGUCCCAAACGAACAAAAGAAAACUUAUAAAGCAUACGAUUAAAGCACUGCAUAAAACUAACAUCUCUAGUUAUCAGGCAGAUUCAAUUAUUAAUUGCAUCGUCAUGGAGUUCCCACGGUUUUCGAAAGCACAUCUUAUCAAACUUGUUGAAUUAUGUCAGAUCAGUAUCAGAAAAAAUGAUGAUAAUUUUACAAGUUGGAAGGACCUACUACCAAGGCUUCUAGAGAUCUUGGAAGAUGAAAAACAUAUUAAUUACAAAGGGUCUGAAAUAUCUGGGAUGGACUAUAAGUCUCGUAUUAUUGAAGCAAUAAUCAGUACCGAUUGGGAGCCAAUAAUAUUAACAUCACUUGCCAAAAUGUUUGGAGAUAUGAUUCUUGAGAAAAAUGACUACAAUGUUGUCGUUAGAGCUUUAUGUAAUAAACUUCCUGAAGUAGAAUUAACUGAAAUGCCACCAUUAGUACAUCAGUUAUUGAAACUGUGCCAACAUCGAGAUGGAAGCUUACUUUUUGAAACCUUACGCAAGUACUUUGCAAAGCAGUACGCAGAAGCUCCAAAUACUGAUAAUCAAGAAACUUCAGAGAUGAUUUGUGAAGUAACUAUAAAAGAUGUACGGGAAAUAGAAAGCACAGUGCUUUAUCACAUACACCAAGCAGUACAGUUAAAUUACAAGAGCUUAAAAGAUUAUUUACGAUAUCUUAAAAGUGUUACAAAUUCACCAGAAUUUAUAUUAGAUCCGUUCAACAUGUCUGUUUUAUUGUUAAUGAGUGACGUAUAUGAAGAACAGGUUUUUGAUAUUUUGAAGGCAAGCAUUAUUCGAAAAAUUCAAGAUGAUGAAAAUUGUAAAAAGAAUGCAUGGUUCAGAAAAAUUAUACCUGAAGAGUGGAAUGUCUUGGCAGUGGUAGAUAAAGUAGUUAAAGACAGUAAAAAAGAUCGUCAAUUGGCAUUAAAGAGUCUCAUGGAUUUUGCGUUCAUAUUAAUGGGUACAGAACAACGAGGGAAAUUUGAUGCUACAUUAUUGUGGAAAAUGGGCAAUAAAAUAUUGCAGAAACUUGUAAAAAAACGACACGAAAUUGGAGUAACUGUCAUACAAAUAUUAACUGAGAAAAUUAUUUCUGGUGGCUGCUUAAUUUCACAAUACACAGAUUGCUUGGCAUUCAUGUGCCGUAAAUUUACAAUGACAAUUCUCAGUUGCCAAAUAUUUGUGAUUAGUCUAUUGGAACAAUUAAUAGCCGUUCCUGGAGUAGCGGGCAUACAAAUAUUACAUGCAAUACUUCCGUUAAUAAGAAUUUCACCUACCAUACGAGAUACUCUCAUAUUGACACUCAGAAAGGCGCUGUAUAGAAAAGGAAUCGAUACACGUCAAAUGGCAGUUAUUGGAUUUUUACAGUUGCUCAAAAACUUAAAAGUUAGCUCAAUGACUGCCCUUAGUCAAAAUUGUUCCACAUCAUCAAAUACCACAAGUUCUGUUACAUCUAUGUUGACACAAGCAACCAUAGAACGGCAUGCUCAUCAUGGCAAGUCAAAUCCUACAUAUGACGCUGCUGUAUGUUCUGAAAUAUUAACGAUUCUGAAUAAAUGCUUUGUGCACGUUGCAAAUGUACGUUUACAUUUGUACCAAGGAUUAUAUGACGCCGUAUCAAAGAAUUCAGAUUUAUCAGAACCAGUGUUACAAAUGCUAAUCAUACAUUUUAAUCAGUUUUAUGAACCCGAUGAAGAUACGUUACCGCCUCUGAAGUUUGAUUUGUGUACAAAUAUUCAAGGUGUUGAAGCUGUUCUUCUUGAACCGAUUGGAGACUUAAUUAUGGUGAUACAAAAACUUUAUGUGAAAGUAGCAUCAAAUAAUUUUGCCCUUCUGGAUAGAUUGGCAAUCAUGCUUGAAUCCCUCUGCAAAAGAAUGUCACGAUCCGAACUGGAACACUUAAGUUUGGAUGAUGGAUCAGAUCUUUUGGAUAAUUUACCAAAGGCGCAGCAGAAACUACAAAGCUUCAAAUUAAUGAUUUCAACUUAUGAAGCAUUAAUGGCGUUUAGAAUUAUGGGUUGGUCUACACAGAGCGCACAUGUAGGUCAAAACGUUUAUAGCCUUUUCAAAGGGUACUCUCGAUUAGUUGAUUUCAGUAAGCGAAUUAAUAAGACUAAAAAAGGAGAAGCAAAAAAGAAAGACAAAGAUGCUACAAAUACUACUAUUAAAAAAUCUGGACGUUCUGCAGCGAUGAAACUGCCGGCUACUGUUUUAGACUUGGAUACAAUUUACAGAAUACUUUCAUUACUGUUUCAAGAAUCUGUACCGUGGGCUACUGAUGAACAAUCAAAUUCGCUGAAAAGCCAUCAAGAUUUUCAUCAUUAUAUUCUUCACACUUUGAUACAACUUUUACACAAAGCAAAAAAUUUGACAGGCUUGGAUCUUGAAAGGCAUAGAGACGAAUUUGGAAAAAUUUAUCUCGACAUUGGCGAAUUACUAUACAAAAAAAUUAUUACGGAAUUUGAAACAGUUUUAAACACUGCUCCGCAAACAGCUCUACUUGGUCUUGAAUGCUUUAAAGAUAUGUGCGAUUUAAUGUGCACAUCAUACUCUUCCAUUCUGCUUAAAUUCCUAGCCUGCAUUUGUGAUGUCGAACUAGACACUGAUUUAAGCACUCAGUUAAUCGGACUCAUCGCUCCUUUGCAAGUAUUGGUUGAAACAUCUCUUGCUCAAGAAGAGGACGAGGAUACUUCUGUAAAGAAAGUCCCACAAUACCUUUUGGAAACCAUUCUUCAUCUUGUGGAAAAAAUCCCUUCUAACGAUGUUAGCCAUCCUGAAAAGAUACUUAAAUGGCUGAAGCAGUUGCCUAAAACCCAGAAACUGGACCCGCCAGUUGCUUUAGUUGUAUUGAAAUUGUUGCUGCUAGUAGAAGAACGUUGGUUUGAACACGGCGAAAUACACAAGGAAAUUUGUACCCAAUUGUGUGAAAAGAUAGGCACCGUGGACAAGACUGAGAUUUUGAUCGAAGAAACACUGAAUAUUAUAGAUGAAAACACUGCAUUACAAGUUCAUAGUGAAUUGAAUACUUCAUUAACUAACAAAAUAAAUCAUAUGACCUGGAUAUUGGAUCGACUGAAAGCAGAACAGAUUAUUGCAAAUACACCUGGCAUUGAAGACGAGUCACGCAGAGAACAAUUAAGAGAAAAGGAGCGUAGCUUGUGCCGUCAACUAGCUUUUAAUAUUCAGACCCUUCAAAUAUUGACUAAUGUUGCCAUUGGACCAGGCUCGAACACUGAAGUUACGUUUAAAAAUCUUCAACAUUUGUACAACUUAUUGAGUAACUUUACGAAAUAUCUAUGUGGUAAAUCAACGGCACAAAAUCCAGCCUUUCAAUCAAUUAAGUUUAUUCAAGUUGUCCAGCUGGCUGGUAAACUUUUGAAAGCUACUUGUUACGAGUUGAUAACUUUCACUGAGCAAAAUCAAACAAAAAACAAGAAGACUGGGGACACGCAAGCACAAAGAAAUAGGAUUCUUAAAGAAACGAAAAGCAUUCCCAAUGUAAUUAAAGAAAUUGAACGAUUUGACCAAGAAAUAUUACUUCUGAGUAAAAAAACUGGAAUUCCAUUAGAAGAGCAUAUCAAACACAGUGUCACACGGGACUUCCGCAUAAAAAACACAGAAUUAGUUGAAGCGUUGGAAAAAAUGGAUACAUCAUUGAUGGUAACCCAACAGUCUACAGACAAUGUAUCCCGAAGUGAACAACCUGAGAAUGAAACUGUAAGUUCAGAAGAACAGGAGGAAGUUUCUCCACCUAAGAGAGCCAAAAGAAAAGUCAAAUCUCAGACUACGAGCCAAACACAAAAUUAA